CAGAUGGCGCCACUUAGCGUCGUUUUUGUUAAAACGCGUUUUAUACGUUUGCUUUGCCGGUAUUUUAUAAAAAUAACACAAAUAUAAAGCACAAAAAUGAAGCUAGUAAGGUUUCUGAUGAAACUGAGCCACGAAACGGUGACGAUGGAGCUAAAAAACGGCACCCAGGUGCACGGCACGAUCACAGGCGUGGAUGUGGCGAUGAAUACGCACUUGAAGGCGGUUAAAGUCACAGUAAAAAACAGAAAUCCCAUGACCCUCGACACUCUAACAGUGAGGGGUAACAACAUUCGUUACUACAUUUUGCCGGACAGUUUACCGUUGGAAACGCUCUUAAUCGACGACACACCAAAGGCUAAAGCCAAAAAGAAGGAGUCUGCCCGAGGGGCUGCUAGAGGAAGGGGCAGGGGGCGCGGAAGGGGUGGCCCAAGGGGGCGUGGCAGAGGUAGAGGCCGUAGAUAAACAAUUGAGUUUGCUUAAGGUUAAGAUUAAGUCGUAUUUGUAUGGUUUGAAAUUUAGGUAUUGGAUAAUGAAAUUACUUUUUUUUGUUUUAUUUAGGUUAAAAACUAUUUUUUUUGUGCUUUUUUGUUAUCCAUGCCUGUUUCCAAUGAUUAGGAAUUAUUUUCUAAAUAAAACACCUCAUAAAAUGUAACAAUUUAAAUUUAAU